CCGGGCUCAGAGUUGGCGGUGGCCCGGGUCUUGAAGGGCUGUUGGAGGGCAUUGUCUCUCAACUUAUGCCGUUGAUCACCGAGAUGAUUCAGAAAGCCAUUGCUGAAGCGCUGGGUAGUGCGAUCGGCCCUAGUGCCCUUAGCCCAGCCGGCGACCAGGAGGAUCAGACAAGCGAGCCGCGCAGCAAACGUCACAAGGGCGGCGGCCGCGAUCCCAAGCGCAAAGCCCCCGACACCAUGGAGCAGGAGGCGGCACCAGCCGAAGGCGAGUGGCGCACAGUGCAGAGGCGCAAGGAAGAUGCUGAGCCCUUUGAGCUCCGCGGCCAGGACUGGGAUGUGCCGAUCGUCCCGCACGAUGCCAUCGGGCGCAAACUCGACGAGCUCCCGGAGAACAAGGCCUUGGAGGGUGUUGUUUUGGCCACCAAAGCCCAGCUUGAUACGGUCAGGACCAUCCUUAGGGGCACCACCAAGCCGCACCGCAUCAUGUGUGUUGAGGUCAAGAAGGACGGCAAGGAACGCAUUCCAGGCCGUUCCGGCAACCAGCUGCGCUUCAAGCAAGCGGAGAUUACCACGCACUUCUCGCAGGGCUCCUCUGCCCCUCGUUAUGCCGGCACCAAGGCGGCGGUGGUCUCAGUGGCCCCGACCAAGACCACCACGGUUUACAUUCGCAUCCCGGCCGCCUAUUGCAGCACCGAGCGUUGGAAGGAGAUUCGCAAUAGCCCCGCGAAAGCCGUCGCAGCAUGGGCUGCAGAGCAAAGAGUCAUCCUGGCAGAUUCCUGGGGAUGGGUCGAGGAAUCCCCACCCAAACAGGGCAAACAGCUGUUCGGCAAAGCCCGCCUGGCCGAGAAAGAGAUGUCCAGCCUGCUUUGCGUGAGCGGGCGUGGGGGCAUCUUUGUAGAUUGCAUCAGGGAUGCCAUCCCAGCACAGGUUCAAUGGCUAGCCCGCACGGACAAUGAGCCGGCCACGGCGUACCUCGAAAGGGGCCUCAGGAUGUCUGCUCAGCUGGGGCUUGCUUCGCAGGGCGGUCGUCUGGGCGCCCGAUCCACUAGGGACCCGAAUGCUGCAAUUCCCCGGGUGUGGGUCCUGCCGCACGUGCCUCCUGAUUGGGGGCCGCCUGAAGUCACGCAGGUUUUGGAGCAAUCCUUUGAUUCGGUGACGCUCAUUCAUCAUCGGCGCACCGGCCGGGAGCAGCUUUACCGCUUCAGGGGAACCCACAAGUUUGGAGACCGGGACAUUGUACCAUUGCAGGUCCAGGUCUCCGAGGAAGGCACCGCCAGUGAGAUGACCAUGUGGGCCACGAUUGCCCCAGUCAAGACGCCGAGCAACAAGCAGACAUGGCUUCGGAACCAGGCCGUCCCCUUGAUUGCGCCCAAGGAGCCUGGACUCAAGUCAGCUCAGGUUAAGGCACCACAGGCAUCCAGCGUUGCGGCAAAUGGCGAGCCACAGCAGCCGGCCCAGGUCCGCGCAGUCAGCCACCGCCAGCUCCCGGCAGGAGUUAAGAUUGAAGAGGCGCCAAAGGAUGGCAGUUGCCUUUAUCACUCUAUGGCUAAAGGGUUGCAUUGGCUGACUGGCAAAUCUUAUUGCCAUCGGGACCUUAGGGCGAAAGCCAACCAGCAUAUCGAAAAACACCUUGAGCAAUAUCUGCCUGAGUUUGACGGCCAUGGGCCGAACCACGAAAAGCUUCGCGAUGCCCAUCCUGGCGACGACGCGGCUGCACUCAGGGCUUACCUCAAGUUGGCGGCCGGUGAAAGUGCUUAUGCCAGCAACUUAGAAAUUAAGGAAAACCGGCGAGCAAAGACCAUAGCUUUGUGGCUGACACCCAAGCAUGUUGACUUGCUUUUGCCCACGGCCUCCGAUGCAAGCUACCCAGCUGAGCUUUUUGAUCCGAGCCCGGGCCAACUCAUUGAUCUUCGUGCCGGCGGUCGUGCUCAGGAUGGCGCCGCUUCCGUGUGCAGCCGGGCCUCGCAAGCUUCCCGCGCGAGCGGCCAAUGGACGCGAGCUUCGGGCGCGGCCUCCUCGAGGCAGUCAACUUCCCAGGCCAAGGUGCAGCCGACAGGCCAGGUUGCUCAGGUUGGGAAUGGUGCUCGUGUCGUUGCCUCCUCCGCCGGGGCCUCCUCGAUUCGCACAGGCACGGUGUGGUCCGCCCGGAGCAGCAAGAGGCGCAAGGUCGAUUCGGUUCAGGGGCAUGAGCCACGACAGCGGGACCUCGUUGCCCGCACAGGCCAGGCCACACAGCCAAAUCAGGACUGCUCUUACCCACCGAGCUCCGGAGCUGCCGAUGGAGCCGGUGAGGACGAGCUCCACAUCCCCGCGCCGCCGACACCUGAUGCUGAUGCGGUGCGGCCUGCUCGCUGCAAGCCUGCUUACUUUCGCACGGAGCAAGGCGCUGCCAUCGCGCGACAGGGCGUGUUUCAGUGUGAGUUCUGCCCGUUCCGAGUGCAGGGCACGGACCCGCGCAAGAUCGGCAAAACCAGGUACUGGCAUCUCACCCACUACCAUGAGGGCCGUGGCAUCUGGCAAAAACCCCAGAAGCUCCAGCUUACGGGCCGGGGCAAGAAGGCGGAUUUUCUCUGGAAGUGCCCGCUGUGCAGGCUAGGUCUUCGCCGGGCCGAGGCCGAGGGGCAGCCCCCAAACAAGAUAAGCCGGGCCAAGACGGCACAUAGGCUCCAGGCACACCCUGAGGUGAACGAAGCCGCGUGGAAGGUCCUCACGCACCGCCAGGGCAUGGGCUCCGUGGGCAAGGCUAAGAUCCGAGCGGCUCGCUUCAACAUCAGGACCUCUUUGAUUAAGGUGAAGGAGUUGCCUGCUCAUAUCGUCAGUUUUGUGCUGCCGGUCCCCCGCAAGACCAAGCAGGAUGAUCUCCAAGUGCCGCGGGCCGCUGAUCAGAUCGGGUUCCGGAGUUGUUGGAAGUGCAGGCGGUGUGGCACGAUUGCGCGUGCCACCACCACCCUGAAGAACCACACUGGUGCGCAGUGCCCGCGCACAAACCCGGGGGUGGUCCAGAACCGGCUGAGGGCUCUCAGGAAGCUGGAGCGCAAGGUGGCAGGUGCCAACAACACGGGUUUCUCAAAAACCCAGCUGCAAGAGAUCUUCCAGACAGCCCGCCGCACCAUCGAGGUUUCUGACUUGCAAUGUGGCCAGGACGCUGCCGUUGCUGCCUUUCAGGAAGCCGACAUCAAUCGCGCCACGGCCCCUGGAUUUGCCGCUGCUUGGCGUCGACAUGGGUUCCAAACCGCCCUGGGAUCCUGUGGGCACAAAGGCCUGCGCCGCGUUGCUUUGGUCUCCAGCCUCCCGAUGCAACCCGUCGAUCUGAGCAUGGACGUGCAUUGUGAUCGUGCUGCCGCCGGCCUUGUCUCCAUGCCUUUGGGAGCUCGACGUGCCUCUGUGUUGGUUGUUUCCUUCUACGGGUUUUCCUGGGACUUGGGUCGCACCAACGAGGCCUUCGAUGCUUUAAUGAAGGCGAUCGCCGUGUUCGGCGGACCGUUCAUCAUUCUAGGAGACUACAACUGCACCCAGGCUGAAGGUCUCGUGGCAGCUACGCUUAGUGCCUUUGCGGUCCGGGCGGCUGAUGAGUCGUGCCUCUUGGAGCCGCCGUGCACCAACCCUGCCAACACACGCCGCAUCGAUUAUGCCUUAACCCACCCUGACUUGGUGGCGAUCGGUGGGCAUACUUUUCGGCAGCCCGAGAUUUCGGAUCAUGGGAUUGUGCGGGUUGCCACAACAAGUUUCCCGCGCACUGAGUUGGACUUGCUGCUGUCUGCGUCCCGCUUGGAUUCGGCGUGGGCGCUGCUUUCGGAUUGGGCGGAAGCCUACCUCGGGAUUUCCGAUGCCGAGUGCCGAUGGAGCCUGCCAUGGCAACCUCAGCCGAAGGAGCUUCCCUGCGGAGCCCCGACGUGCAAUGGGCACGAGCCUCGCCCUCUCAGGGCAUUGCGGCAGCUGGCCCGCCGCCUUCAACAGUUCCUGCAGGAGCCUUGGAAUUCUGCGUUGCAUGGGCGGCUGUGUCGCUCCUUGGGACAUGUGCGUGCUCAGGUUCCGGACCUCCCUUUCAUUGAUCCUGCUGACCCUGCUCAGGCCUUGCCACAGGUGAAUGCAAUCAUUGAAGAGCAUCGGGUGGCCCAUAGGACGUCUUGCCUUGAUAAGUGGCAGCAGAAGAUGCAGGAAGCGCCGGAGCGCGCCAUCAAGUGGAUCAAGCGUCGUGCCGACUUGGACUUGGCACUGCAGCAGCCUCCUGUCUUGGCGGAGGCGAGCAAUGGCACGAUACACCCAGCCGAUCGGUUGCAGGAGCAAGGGGAGCUCUGGCUUCGGAGAUGGCAAACUCCUGCCACGACGGCUGACAUCCCGGCUUUCCGCCGGCUGCUGCGCAACCUUCCGUCGCAUGCCCAGGUGGAGCUGGAUUUAGUUCCUACGACUCAAGAGCUCAAGAGCGCGAUGGGGAAAAUGAGAUCCAAGUCGCCAGGAGCUGAUGGAUGGAAGGCCCACAUGCUGUUGGGCUUGCCGGCUACGUGGUGGAGCGGUUUUCAGAGCCUUUGGGCCGCAGUCAUCACCGAAGGGCAAGUGCCCAGCUUGUGGAGGCGGUCGUUGAUCGUCCUCUUGUCCAAGCGGAACCACGCUACGCGCCCGGUGGCCUUGCUGCCCAUGGCGUGGAGAGCAGGAGCCCGAGCCGUGGCCAGGCGGCUAAAGGGGUGGGUUGUUUCCUGGAACGGCGCUAGAGCUUGUGGUGCGGCUCCAGGGCGGAGCGUGGCAAACGUUCAUGCCAGGAUCCUCCAAGCGUGGCACCUGGGAACACAUUCGUUCAUACAACAGGAUCUCAGCUCCUUUUUCGAUAGCCUCAGCAUGCCUGCGAUCACCGAAACGCUGAGCCACCUCGGCGCUCCUGCCGCCUUGGCCCGGCUGAUUGCGAACUUCUACGCUCAGCAGUUCCGCCUGUUUACCAUCGAUGGGCAUACCUCGCCGUGCUGGCGGGCGGCUAAUGUUGGGUUGCUUCAGGGGUGCCCUUUGAGCCCGCUGCUUAGUCUUUGCGUGGGGCAUCUCUGGACACAGCAUGUGUCCCACACGGUCGAGUCCGGCAUCUUCAUCGAUGACCGUGUGUUGUGGUUCCCCGAGGGCUCUUCUGCCACAAACGAGGCUGCUCAGCAAGCUCUGCAAAGGAGCGACGACUUCGACGCCGCGGGGCUUGACCUGCUCCCGUAG